UUAGCAUAUUACUUUUUAUCUUCCGCAGGUUCUCUGUGAAGACAUUAAUUGAUCGUUCCUGCUUUGAGACCAUCGAUGACACGUGUUUUGAAUUUACAAACUUUGCAGCUAUCCUGGAGCAAGUCCUGAGCCACCGCCUGAAAGGUCAGAUCAAUUGGUUUGGGUAUGAAAGCCCACGAAGUUUCUGGGAUUUCAUCCGUGUGGCCUGCAGCAAGGUUCCCCACAACUGCAUCAGCAGCAUUGAGAACAUGGAGAACGUAAGCUCCACAAGGGCCAAGGGCAGAGCAUGGAUCCGUGUAGCACUCAUGGAGAAGCGACUGUCUGAAUAUAUUUCCACUUCCCUGAGAGACAUCAGGACAAUCAGAAGGUACUAUGAAGAUGGAGCGAUUGUGUUGGGGGAAGAAGCAAACAUGCUUGCUGGGAUGCUGCUCGGACUCAAUGCCAUUGAUUUUAGUUUCUGUUUAAAGGGAGAGAGCAUGGAUGGCAAUUAUCCUGCAGUUAUAGACUACACCCCCUAUCUGAAGUUUACACAAAGCUCUGAGAGCAUCAGCAGUGAUGAGGAGGAACUGCGGACUCUAGGAAGCAGUGGCAGUGAAGGCAGCACUCCAGAGAACAUCGGGCCACCUUUCAUCACCGAUGAGAACAGUUGGUAUAACAAGUGUAAGCGAGUGGAACAGAAGUUCAGGGUGGCACUGGAGCAGAAGGGUUAUCUGGAAGAAUUGGUGCGUCUCAGAGAAGCUCAGCUCGCGGAGUCUGUUGCUCAAAACAAGCUGGUUCUACAGAGGCUGGAAGAGGCUGACCUGAACCACAAACUGGAAAAGGAGCAACUGGAGUUUAUUAUCUUGGAGCUGCAGGACCAGCUGGCAGUUUUAAAAAAUAAUGAUCUGAGGUCGCGGCAAGAGUUGACGGCACACCUCACCAAUCAGUGGCCCUCCCCAGGAGCUCUGGAUGCAGAUGCCGUUGCUCUGGAUACACUUCUGUACAGAAAGCGGUACGGACACUGGGAUGAGCAGAGUUUUCAAAGUCUGGAGCAGCUAUCAACAGAGAUCAGUCUUUCUUCAACUUCAUUAGAUCCAUUGCAUUCUCAAAGAGAUGGGGAAGGAAAGCAAGAACACUCGAAAAAUGAUGGGAAGGAGGAUACUCCCUCUUUGCUUGGUCUGUGUGGAUCACUGACCUCCAUGGCAAGCUACAAGUCUCUCACAAGCCUCAAAUCAAGUGAAUGUCUCGCAAGUCCUAGUGCUGAGAUCACAAGCCCUGGGCUCACCCCAUCUUAAGAAUGUGCAAUUAGGAAUCUUUUGUGUACUAGACUUAACAUUCAAAUCCAUUGGUCAGAUCCUGAGAACUAAGGUGAGACUUGACUUUAAGUCCAAAUUGAGUUCUUCAAAUUGAAUAGAAAACCAACUGAGAUGCACUUGCUUUGUGAAUCCAUUCUGCUUUCUGUGUCUGCGGAGGGCUUUGCCUAUUUGGGCAGGAUGCUUUACUAUAGUGCACUAUGUAUAGUCUUACAUGUUUGCAAGACAUCAUCUAUUUCAACAGGAUUGGCUUAUGCCAAGAAGUCCAAGAGGAUGUUCAAAUGUACAAUGAAUUCUGUUUUCUUUAGGGAAAAAUCUCUUAUUUUAUGAGAAUUUUUAAAGUGGAAACAUUCCUUGUUUGUGUUUAUAGCUAAAAUUGGCAAUUUUCUCAGUGCUUCAUUAGUUGCUCUAUCAGGCCUUUGGAGAAAGUCUAUGUUGUUCCUUAGAACAUUCUGAUUGCUUGAAGCAAAAUAAUUUCCUACAGAAUGCAAGGAAAGAUGGUGGUGGAUUUCUGCUGUUCUGAAUUAUUUGACUACUUCAUAUAGGAUUUAAUGUUCUGACAAAGCUGAGGGAUGUGACUGGGUUUGUGACUGCCUAUGUGCCAAGUUUCUCUCUGUUAACGGAAUCAUGAAUGAGAAGUGGCAUAUUUUCCAUUAGUGAUUUUUGCUGUUCAUAUCAUCAAUCUGUGUGCACCGACUGGGACUUGAUCUCGCAAUGUGGAAUGGGCUGUCCCUAUAUUCCAAACAAGAACAUGCACCGUUCUGUAACCGAGCCUAUUCUGCACUGAUUCAAAUGAAGACCUUAACUUUCAUAGUGCAUUUGUUAAUAAAAAGGAUAUGGACUCAAAGCUUCCUCUCUUUGUGGAAGAAAAAGAACAAGACAUUAACUUGUAUCAUCUCAGUAAUAAUUAAAUGUAUAUUGGAAAACAAGUUUAUCAAAAUAAUUGUAAAAUAUGUUAAAUGAGUGCUUGUGUGCCAAUUGUUUUAAAAAAAAGUACAAUGAUGAUAAAGCUUUGAAAGACUCUUUCUAUAGGUGUGGCACAUCCCUGGAGCUAAUGAUUGUUAAAUAAUCAAACGGUUCUUUUCAUUAACCAGGUAUGAAUUUUCUAAAAUAUAGCAUUGGAGAUUUGUGUCAUUUUGGUCGUCUUACAUGUAUGUUAAUUACUAUGUUGAUCGAUAUGUGGUCUAAUGUCACGGUGAAUUCACACUAGUUUUACUUGGGGCUACUUUGGUUUAUUCACAAGACUCCUUAACCACUUGGGGUCAUAACACACAUUUGGUUUACUUAAGAGCUUAAUGUCUCAAUUAUGUGGCCCCAUUUUUAACUUUUAAACAUUACCACUGUGGCAGCAAGUGUUUGUUUUAUGCUGUAUUGAACUAGUGUUCAAUGCUUGUGCUUUGUACAUAUGCAUGAUGAAAUUUUCUUCCAGCAUCAACCUAUGUACAUCAGGUCUUAAGUAAAUACCAAAAUCCAAUGUCAAACUUCCUUUGUGUGCGUGUGCGAGCAUGUGUUUUGCUGUUCAUUUUUGUCUUGAUGUAAAUGAUUUAUCAUGUGAACGUCUUCAAUAACUGCAUGUGUAAUAAAGUGAAAAACAAUAGAUUCUGCAAUUGAGAUAUUUAAUUAAAAAUCUUGAAGUUUCAGGUGCAACAUGAAUAAAGCGCGACUGACUUUAUUAUUA